UUUAAAAAUAAAAAAUCACAGAAUCCCCUCCCCCUCUCCCGCUCUCCCUCCCUCGCUUACCCUCUCUCUCUCUCACUCCGGUCACCGGCGACGGAGGUCGUUUACCCUCUCUCUCACUCCGGCGCAAGGUUUCCGGCCACCGGCGACCUACCUCCCAACCUUAGAACGGGUUGUGCUCCACUGUCGAGUAGUCUCUCUCUCUCCACCACCGGCCACCGGCGUUGAAGAACGCUCUCUCUCUCCUCCACAGGCGGUACAGCCACCCCUAGCAAGAUCUGGGGGCGGCGCGGGCCACCCCAAGGCCUAGGGGUGGCGCGGUCCACCCCAUGGGCCCUAGGAUUAUUAUUUAAUUAUUAUUUUUAUUAGUGGGAUAUGUGGCCCUAGGAUUUUUGAUAAGAAAUCCUAGCCGUGAACUGGAUACUCUCUAGUCCAUUUUGGAUUGGAGAGGAUCCUAUUCCGGAUUUGGGGUGCUCCUAUCGUUUAAAAUUGCAGUUCUGUGACGGACUCCCACGUCAUACCUAACCAUUUUUUCCCUCACGUGUCCAACAACGCCUCUCUCUCUCUCUCGUCAAUUCUCUAGCCUUUGUUUUUAAGGGCUCAUUCUCCGAUGGGAACGUAGACUAUACUGGCGUAUCUCAUGGAUUGACACAUCGUGAACUACACUGUUGGGCCUUACACUACACGAGUAGUUGGAGCCCAAGAAAACUUUCAAGUCCAGGUCCAACAUUUUUGUACGACGUCGCUCAUAGUCAAAAAGAUUUGCUCUUUAGCUCCCUUUUGUUUCAUGAAUUCAAUGAAUAGGGUUAGGGUUUUCCCAUGAAACAAUUACAGUGGAGAACGACGUCGUUGCGCCAAUCAAAUCCUUCCAGAUUUUCACCUCUUUAGCGAUCAAUAUGGUAAAGAACGAUCAUGGUGGGAUUCAAGAACAGGUACAUGGUUGUGGAAGUUUUCUUGGAUCCCAAUAGAGACCUUGUGAGAGACGAUCCCAUUAUCAUAACCCAAUUCAAUGUCUCAAAGGCAAUCAAAGACAGCAUUCUUGUGAACUUUGGAGAGUGUGGUCUUGCUUCGUCACUUGGGUCGUUCCAAGUAAAGUAUGUGAAUCCCAUUACAAAGGUUUGCAUUAUUAGAGCCUCAAGGGAGGAGUACCAAAAGGUUUGGUCUGCGAUUACCAUGGUUAGGAAUAUUGGAAAUUGCCCCGUGCUAUUCAACUUAUUGGACCUAAGUGGAAGCAUAAAGGCUUGUAAAAGCGCAGCCUUGAAGUGCGAUGAGCUGAAAUUUGAACAGUACAAACUUAUAGUUGGGGCUCGUCUCUCAGCUGAUGCUACUCAGCAUAUGCAAAACUGUCUUGAUAAGAUCAAAGUUUUGGAGCACUAAAGUUCUCAGCUAAUGCUACUCAGCAGACGCAAAACUGUCUUGAUAAGAUCAAAGUUUUGGAGGGCUAAAGUGCUGCAUCUGUGGUGACCUACGGCUCGAUCAUAGUUGUAUGAUAGUUUGUGCCUUUUGAUCUCAAUUUGCUUUCUCUUUCUGAGUAUGUAAAUCUUUCUCUCAAUUAUUGAGUACUAUUUGUUUGCUUUUUAUUCUGUUGUCUUAGAAGAGCGUAUGUGUUAUGCGGUCUUGGUUUCCAAACUAUGCCAGAAGUUGCUUUAUUAUCCUGUUUUA